AUUGUUUAAGGGAUUAUUUUCAUUGAGGUGGGUCUUCCUUUCAUCCGAGCAAAAAAAACUUGACUGACGCUUGGUGUGCGCUCACGAACGCGCAGCGCCGUCCUGCGCGCGCACCUGACACUUGUCACACGAGUUUUUCAUCUGAAGCGCUACAGCAGAGCGAAUCUUCACAAGCUCGGGGAAACACGCACUCACAUCACCGAAACUGGAUCAAGCAGUCAGAAACCCUCCAAACUUCCAGUGGGCCGUGCCUGCAGGCCAGCAAACCCCGAUCUGGACCGAUGUGCUGGCCGAGAUGUCUCGACACAUUUACAUCAGGAAUAAGAUCGGCGAGGGCAUCCAAGCGCCUAUAUUCCAGGUGAACAGAGGAACAUAUUCACGGCGCAGUCGACUGAAGAGGUCUGAUGGCAGCACCACCUCCACUAGUUUUAUCCUGAGACAGGGCUCAGCUGAUUCCUACACUAGCAGGCCGUCUGACUCAGAUGUGUCGUUGGAGGAGGAGAGGCCGGAGGGGGGCAGUCAGGGCCGGCAGGAGCGAGAACAGCAGGCUGCACAGCAGCUGGAGAGGGCAAAGGCCAAAGCGGUGGCUUUUGCCGUGAAGACAAAUGUGAGUUACUGUGGCGCUCUGGAUGAAGAUGUGCCUGUGCCGGGCACCGCCUUGUCAUUCGACGCAAAAGACUUCCUGCACAUCAAAGAGAAGUUUAAUAAUGACUGGUGGAUUGGUAGGCUGGUGAAAGAAGGCUGUGAGAUUGGUUUUAUCCCCAGCCCCCUGAAGCUGGAGCACAUCAGAGCGCAGCUGGAACAGAAGAAAAGCCGUGUGCAAGGUAAGUCCAGUGGAAGCUCCUCCUCCAGUUUGGGGGAUGUGAUGUCAUCAGGCAAGCAGAAACAGAAAGUGACUGAGCAUGUGGCUCCCUAUGAUGUUGUGCCUUCCAUGAGGCCCGUGAUUCUGGUUGGUCCAUCUUUAAAGGGAUAUGAGGUAACCGAUAUGAUGCAGAAAGCCCUUUUUGACUUCCUAAAACACCGGUUUGAUGGCAGGAUAACAAUCACACGUGUGACGGCAGACAUCUCGCUGGCAAAGAGAUCAGUGCUUAACAACCCCAGCAAGAGAGCUAUUAUUGAGCGCUCCAAUACAAGAUCCAGUCUUGCUGAGGUACAGAGCGAGAUUGAGCGCAUAUUUGAACUCGCUCGCUCGCUCCAGCUGGUUGUGCUGGAUGCAGACACCAUCAACCAUCCGGCUCAGCUGAUGAAGACUUCACUAGCACCCAUCAUCGUUCAUGUCAAAGUGUCCUCUCCAAAGGUCCUCCAGAGGCUCAUCAAGUCCAGAGGAAAGUCGCAGAGUAAACAUCUCAAUGUACAGCUCGUAGCAGCAGAUAAACUAGCACAGUGUCCUCCGGAGAUGUUUGACAUCAUCUUGGAUGAGAAUCAGUUGGAAGACGCAUGUGAGCACCUGGCUGAGUAUCUUGAGGCUUACUGGAAGGCCACCCAUACAUCCAGCAGCACCCCGCUCAACCCUCUGCUGGGCCGAAACCUCGGCCCCGCUGCCCUUGCCCCAUACACCACAUCUGCCAUCUCCGGCUUGCAGAAUCAGCAGGGUCAAAAAACACGGCACGCCAACCACACCGGGGACCACUCGACCCCCAACGAACGUCGUAACCUGAUGACCACAGACGAGAACUACCACAACGAACGAGCGCACAAAGGACGAAACAGGGGGUCGUCUGGAUCGCAGCAUGGCAGCGGCGGUCGAGACCACCACUACAUGGAAGAGCAGCAGGGCUAUCAGGACCCAUACCAGGACACCUAUAAGCCCCAUCGCAACCGCAGUUCCCCAGGCAGCUACAGCCAGGACUCACGACACCGGCUCUGAGCGAUCCUGCCCCGUUUUGUCCUCCAAGCCUGAGCCACUGAGCCACCAAGCCGAAACGGCUUCUGUCCUGAAUUGUAUACAUCUUCCAUUGUUUUUCUCAUUUUGUUAAGAUCUCUUCUUGAGCUACAGAGCAGAAACUAUUAACCCCUCCUAAACCUUCGUCAUCUGACCAAAGCCUGUAUUUUCAUCUGCUUAAAGUUCCCGCCUUGGGAUAAAGAGACCUUAUAACAUGCGGACGGGUGGAGCAGAAACAGGACCGUUGUUAUGCUUUCAAAUGAUAUUAUGCUUGUUGACUUUUGUUUGUCUAUUUCGUUGCAAAGUUUUAUUUUAGCUGAACCGAGCAACCUUUUACUUUCCAAAUGUAAUGGAACAAUUGAAACGGAGCUAGCAAUGGCAGAGAAUCUUCAGGAACGAGGAGCUCUCUUAGUCUUUGUUAUGUCAUUAUUGCCAGCAUGUUACCUGACCGCAUGCUUCCCCAUCAUUAGUGGAGACGACAGGUUGAUUUCGGGAUCGUUGCCCGUAAGUGGCUGACUAACUGGAAUAUUUCAAUAAUGUAACAUAAACCUACUGCCAGCUGUAUUUUGUUACAAAAUCCUAAAUCUCACGAAGCCUCUAGAUGUAAAAAGCAGGACUCGUAGAUUCAGCCACAUUAUACAAAAAGUCAGUGACACUUAUCUGUGGAGUUCAGCAUGAUGCUAACAUUCUCGAAAGCAGUGCAUCCUCGCCCACCAACUCAUUUGCUAUCGGCCAUUAUUUUCUAGUUAGGAAAAGAGCUUAAAGAGCUGCAUAACAUAGGAAUGCUGAACAAAAGUGUUGCUGUGAUCUAGUCCUUCGUAGCGUUAGCAAGCAUCAACUUUUUACAAUCGAUUUUCAUAAUUCACCAGCUAAAAUGAUGGCACUUCGAUACUAUAUCCAUAUUUUCUUAAGGGUGCUUGGUGUCUAUAAAAAAUAACAAUUAUUUUCUUUAGCACUAAAUGUGAACGGGUCACAUUUUGUAGAAUCGUAUGGAACCCUGUUCUCGGCUCCGCCAAUUGGAGCAGCUGCUGUCCAGUCAACUUUGGCAGAGGGAUCGCAUGGAGACAGGAGGCUGGUCACAUCUCAAUGCUACCCAAUUCACCUGUAAAGCAGCAUUUUUGCUCGUAUGGUUUUUUCCAUGUGAAAUGGAAUGGCAGAGGACAUGCAUCCUUUAUCAAACGGAAGCAGUUCAGACACAUAGAGACCCAAGGCCCUGGCAAACCAUGGAUUUCCUCGCCUGCAUAUCUUCGCCUUAUCGGUUAAUGCUAGUUUGUGUAUUUUCAAAAAGAAAAAUAUUUUGAAGAAAAAUAAACUCAAGGACCGCAAGGAGUUCAAACGAGUACAUUCUGUAUGCAUUUGUCUAUGAGCAUGCUUCUCUGUUAAUGUAAUAUUGAGGAUGAUUGAACAUGAGGAUUUCGGCAGUCGAUGCCCAUUUGACUCAUUGGAAGAUUCAUCUCGGAAUUUGCUGCCUGAGACAAUCAGAUGGAAGUCCUCUGUAAAACCGGAACGUUCAUUCCUUCCAUUAUCCCGCUCCCUCCUCCAGUUUCUCAGCAGCUUCAUCUGAGCUCCAGAUAACAAACAUUCUGAUGUGUCUAUUUUUCCUUUUUUUUUUUGUGAGAGUUGAAAAAUAAAGAUGGAAAUGCAAAUUGCAUGCAUAUCAUUUUAAUUUAUAGCAAAUUUGAAAGAAAAAAAUGUUUUAUGGAAUAUAAAUUGUGUAAAAGGCAAAUCUAGCAGUAUUUAAGUUCUUUUACAAAAAAGAAAAGAAGAAAAAAUAAAUGGUCAUUUUGAAA